ACAGUUGACCUUCAGUCAUGUGGCCAUAGAAUUCUCUCAGGAGGAGUGGGCGUGCCUGGACCCAGCUCAGCGGAAACUGUACAGGGACGUGAUGUUGCAGAACUACAGGAACCUGGUAUUCCUGGGUGUGUCUAAGCCAGACCUGGUCACCUUUUUGGAGCACAUGAAGGGGCCCUGGGAGUUGAAGAGGAAAAAGACAAUAUCCAGCCAGCCAGGUAGGUCUUCUCAAGUUAUUCAGGAUUUGUUGCCAAAGUCAGGUGUAGAAGUGUCAUUCCAGAAAAUGCUACAGAGUACAUAUAAUGAAGAGAGAAGUCACCAAUGCAAUGAAUCUCAGAAAAACAUUAACCAAAGUUUAAAUUCUAAUAACCAUCAGAGAACUCAGCUUUCACAGAACAAUGAUAAAUGUCCGAAAGUCUUUGACAAAAGCGCAAAUAUUUUUAUACCUCAGAGUAUUCAUACUGUAGAGAAGACAGAAAGACUUAGUGAAUGUGCCAGGUCUUUCAACCAAUCAUCAAAUCUUACUGAUCAUAAAAAUACUCAUAUUGAGGAGGAGUCUUUCCAGUGUAAUCACUAUGUCAAAGUGUUUAGUCAGUCUUCUAAGUUAAAUAUACAUAAGGAAAUCCAUACUGCAGAGAAGCCUUACAAAUGCAAAGAAUGUGAUAAAGCCUUUAAGUGGCAUGCACAUAUUGUUUUACAUCAGAGAAUUCAUAGUGGAGAGAAGCCUUAUAAAUGUAGAGAAUGUCACAGAGCCUUCAACUCUUAUUCAAGCCUUAUUCGACAUCAGAGAAUUCAUCAUGGAGAGAAACCUUAUAAAUGUAAAGAAUGUGGGAAAGCCUUUAACAAGUGUUUAAGCCUUACAAAACAUCAGAUAAUUCAUUCUGAAGAGAAGUCUUAUAAAUGCAAAGAAUGUGGCAAAGCCUUUAGCCAGUGUUCAACUCUUACCCAUCAUCAGAGAAUUCAUACUGGAGAGAAGCCUUAUGAAUGUAGAGAUUGUGGGAAAACCUUUAACCAGAGUUCAAAUCUUACAAAACAUCAGAGAAUUCAUUCUGGAGAGAAGCCUUAUAAAUGUAGAGAAUGUGGCAAAGCCUUUUCCUCGAGCUCAAAUCUUACUCAACAUAAGAAAAUUCAUUCUGGAGAGAAGCCUUAUAAAUGUAGAGAAUGUGGCAAAGCCUUUACCCAGGGCUCACAUCUUACUCAACAUCAGGCAGUGCAUACUGGAGUGAAGCCUCAUAAAUGUAGAGAAUGUGGGAAAGCCUUUAGGUGGUGUUCAACCCUUACCCAUCAUCAGAGAAUUCAUACAGAAAUAAAGCCUUACAAAUGUAGAGAAUGUGGGAAAACCUUUAAAAGUUAUUCAGGCUUUACUAGACAUAAAAGAAUUUAUAUUGGAGGGAAGCCUUGUAAAUGUAAAGAAUGUGGCAAAGCCUUUAAGAGGUGUUCAUGCCUUAUGAAACAUCAUACAAUUCAUACUGGAGAAAAACCUAAUCAAUGUAGAGAAUGUGGCAAAGUCUAUAGCCGGUAUUCAACACUUACCCAUCAUCAGCAAAUGCAUACAGGAGAGAAGCCUUAUAAAUGUAGAGAAUGUGGCAAAGCUUUUAUCCAGAGCUCACGUCUUACUCGACAUCAGAUCAUUCAUUCUGGAGAGAAGCCUUAUAAAUGUAGAGACUGUGGCAAAGCUUUUAUCGAGAGGUCACAUCUUACUCGACAUCAGAUCAUUCAUUCUGGAGAGAAGCCUUAUAAAUGUAGAGAAUGUGGCAAAGCUUUUAUCCAGAGUGCACAUCUUACUCGACAUCAGAUCAUUCAUUCUGGGAAGAAGCCUUAUAAAUGCAAAGAAUGUGGCAAAACUUUUAUCCAGAGCUCACAUCUUACUCGACAUCAGAUCAUUCAUUCUGGAGAGAAGCCUUAUAAAUGUAGAGAAUGUGGCAAAGCUUUUAGUCAGUGUUCAAACCUUACCGAUCAUCAGAGAAUUCAUACUGGAGAGAAGCCUUAUAAAUGUAGAGACUGUGGCAAAGCCUUUAUCCGGAACUCAAAUCUUACUCAACAUCAAAGGAUUCAUUCUGGAGAGAAGCCUUAUUCAUGUAGAGAAUGUGGUAAAGCCUUUACCCAGGGCUCACAGCUUACUAAACAUCAGAAAAUUCAUUCUGGAGAGAAGCCCUAUAAAUGUAGAGACUGUGGCAAAGCCUUUACCCAGGGGUCACUUCUUACUCAACAUCAGAAUAUUCAUUCUGGAGAGAAGCCUUAUAAAUGUAGAGAAUGUGGUAAAGCCUUUAGCUGGUAUUCAGCCCUUUCUAAACAUCAGAGAAUUCAUAUAGAACAGAAACCUGAUAAAUGUAGAGAAUGUGGCAAAGCCUAUAAAUUAUGUUCAAACCUUUCUAGCCAUUGGAGGAGUCAUACUAGAGAGAAGGCUUACGAACAUCAAGAAUGUGGCAAGGCCCAUAUACAUUGAUUAGACCUUACCAAAUAUAUGAGAAUGCAUUCCUGAGAGAAGCUUUACAAAUGUGAAGAGUGACAAAGCCUGGCAGUGUGGCUUAGUGGUUGAGCAUGGACCUACGAACCAAGGAGGUCAUGGUU